AUGCUACUGCUUCUCGACUAUCUCGACUCCGUAUCUCUUUACUCGACUCGGCCUAAACUGUCGUCGGAUCUUCGCCGAGCUAUGCCUCGUGUCCGACUUCGAACCUCCGAAUCGCUUACGGGAUCAUCAGCAUGGUCUCGAAUAGUGCGCUUUAUCACCGGUGGUGAAAACUGGACCCAAUAUCACCUACAAGUCUUCGUUUUAACAUUUUUCAGUUUUGCAUUCAUUCAUGCUGCUAGAAAAACCCUGUCUACCGUCAAACCUUCUAUGAUAUCCGUAUGGACACACAAAAGUGAAAUCAGCCCACCAUUGUUCCCAUCGGACCAAGCAGCAUCAGAGUUUCUUGCUAAGUUGGAUGGAGGCUUUCUGUUGGCUUACUCCAUCGGUCUGUUUGGAGGUGGUGUACUGGGUGAUCGAUACGAUCCUCGUGUUGUCUUGUCGAUUGGAAUGUGGCUUUCGGCGAUUGUAUCUGUUGCUUGGCCUACAGAGAUAUGUAUAGUUGGUAAUUGGUUUGGACAUAACUCUCGUGGAGCAGUUAUGGGUUUGUGGUCGGCAUGUGCUAGUGUUGGGAAUAUCAUUGGCACAAUGAUAUCUUCCAGGCUGGUUCUCUUGGGUUAUCAGUAUGCUUUCGCUACCAACUCAUUCAUCCUCUUCAUAUUUGGCUUCAUUGUCUUCUUUAAUUUGAAAUCCGCACCAAGAGAAGUUGGUCUUCCGGAUCCUAUCGAGUCACCAGAUGAAUUAAUGCGAGUGAUAGAGGAGCCAACUGAACGUCCAGAACCCAUUAAUUUCUGGAAAGCAUGGCUUCUGCCUGGUGUCUUGUCGUACUCUCUUGCCUAUGCUUGCCUGAAACUUGUCAAUUAUGGAUUCUUCUUUUGGCUUCCCUUUUAUUUGCAUUCGAACUUCGGAUGGAGCGAAUCUGACGCUGACGCUUUGUCGGCUUGGUAUGACGUUGGAGGAAUUGUCGCAGCUAUUAUUGCAGGAGCUAUUUCUGAUCAUUGUGCAACUAGAACCCCAGUAAUUGUGGCGAUGUUAGUCUGCUCGACGUUGUCACUAUGGGCCUACUCAGCUUCUCCGGCAUCGAUGGCCAUAAACGGGCUUUUGCUUGCUAUAGCUGGUUUCUUUAUUGGUGGUCCAGCUAAUAUGAUAUCUAGCUCGGUGUCAGCAGAUUUAGGUAGGGCUCGUGAGUUAAGAGGGAACGCAGAGGCUCUAUCCACAGUGACAGGAAUUGUGGAUGGGACCGGAAGUUUUGGAGCCGCUCUUGGACAACUGUUGAUCCCUUCAGUUCAAUCAGUCUUUGGAUGGAAUGCUGUAUUCUACGGUUUCAUAGUAAUGAUUAUCUGCACGACGGCAUGUCUAAUACCGCUGCUUUACCGCGAGUUAUUAUGGCAGAGAAGAGGUUCAUAUCUUAGCCUCAAUUCUGACUCGGAAGGAGAAGAUGACGAAGCUGUGGUGGCUGAGGAAGCGCCAAGAAGGAGAAUGCACGUCGGAGAAGAUUCGACUUGA